GGUUGUAGUGGGGAGCGUAAUCCCGUGGGGAUGGAGUGACCCACUCUCUCUCCUCCUGAAAUGGUUCCCGCGGGAGUUUUAGCCGUGUUAUUGUUGGGGAAGGGAAUGUCAAAUUCUGCUCCUGCCUUCCCCCAGGGGCUGGAGACUAGAAUCUAGACUGGAAUCUUUAUUCCAGUUCAGUGCGGAGCGACGUGGUCUCCAGAAUCCCCGAGUGUAGAGGCGGAGGACAGUGGAGCUGGGGACUCGGGCGCCUGGGUCCUGGUCCCUGAGCGUCCAGCGCUCCCCUAGUCCGCGGCUCUGGCUCCUGUCCUCACUUCCUUCCCCUUUUGGCUCCUGCUCUCGGAGCGGGCGGACGCGGGGGGGAGCGGAAAGGGCGGAAGGACCCGGGAGCCUAGCGGGGGGGUUCAAGGGGGUACGGAAAAGCCGGGGAGGGGACUUGGUUCGGGGCCGGAGACCGACGGCAACAGCGGUCCAGGACCCACGCUGCCCCCACCCCUCCCGAGCAGGCGCCCCCAUGGCCCGACCCCGCUGAUUCCUUCACUCGGCCAUGCUCCCGCGGCCCCUGCGGCUGCUUUUGGACACGAGCCCCCCAGGGGGAGUCGUACUGAGCAGCUUCCGAAGCCGGGACCCCGAUGAGGGUGGGGGCCCAGGUGGCCUGGUCGUGGGCGGGGGGCAGGAGGAAGAGGAGGAGGAAGAAGAAGAGGCUCCUGUGUCCGUCUGGGAUGAGGAGGAGGAUGGUGCCGUGUUUACUGUCACAAGCCGCCAAUAUCGACCUCUUGAUCCCUUGGUCCCUAUGCCUCCCCCGCGUUCCUCCCGACGGCUCCGAGCUGGCACUCUGAAGGCCCUGGUCAGACACCUACUGGAUACCCGGACAUCAGGGACUGAUGGGACUUUCAUGUCAGCCUUCCUGGCCACCCACCGGGCCUUCACCUCGACGCCUGCCUUGCUAGGGCUUAUGGCUGACAGGCUGGAAGCCCUUGAAUCUCAUCCUACCGGUGAACUAGAGAGGACAACAGAGGUAGCCAUCUCUGUGCUGUCAACCUGGCUGGCCUCUCACCCUGAGGAUUUUGGCUCUGAGGCCAAGGGUCAGCUUGACCGGCUUGAGAGCUUCUUACUUCAGACAGGGUAUGCAGCAGGGAAGGGUGUUGGGGGGGGCAGCGCUGACCUCAUCCGCAACCUCCGGUCCCGGGUGGACCCUCAGGCCCCCGACCUUCCUAAGCCCCUGGCCCUCCCCGGCGAUCCCCCUGCUGACCCCACGGAUGUCCUGGUGUUCCUCGCUGACCACUUGGCCGAACAGCUGACCCUGCUAGAUGCGGAGCUAUUUCUCAAUUUGAUCCCCUCUCAGUGCCUGGGAGGCCUGUGGGGUCACAGAGACCGGCCAGGACAUUCUCACCUCUGCCCAUCUGUCCGAGCUACUGUCACACAGUUCAACAAGGUGGCAGGGGCAGUGGUUAGUUCUGUCCUGGGGGCUACCUCCACUGGAGAGGGACCUGGGGAGGUGACCAUACGGCCACUCCGUCCCCCGCAGAGGGCCCGCCUCCUGGAGAAGUGGAUCCGCGUGGCGGAGGAGUGCCGGCUGCUCCGAAACUUCUCUUCAGUUUAUGCUGUGGUGUCAGCCCUGCAGUCCAGCCCCAUCCACAGGCUUCGGGCAGCCUGGGGGGAAGCAACCAGGGACAGCCUCAGAGUCUUUUCUAGCCUCUGCCAGAUUUUCUCCGAGGAGGAUAAUUAUUCCCAGAGUCGGGAGCUGCUCGUGCAGGAGGUAAAGUUGCAGUCUCCUCUGGAGCCACACUCCAAGAAGGCCCCGAGGUCUGGCUCCCGGGGUGGGGGUAUAGUCCCAUACCUUGGCACCUUCCUGAAGGACCUUGUGAUGCUGGAUGCAGCCUCCAAGGAUGAGUUGGAGAAUGGAUACAUCAAUUUUGACAAGCGGAGGAAGGAGUUUGCAGUCCUUUCUGAGUUGCGACGGCUCCAGAAUGAAUGUCGUGGCUAUAACCUCCAACCUGACCAUGAUAUCCAGAGGUGGCUACAGGGGCUCCGGCCACUGACAGAGGCUCAGAGCCAUCGUGUAUCCUGUGAGGUGGAGCCACCUGGUUCCAGUGACCCUCCUGCCCCACGGGUGCUUCGGCCAACAUUGGUCAUCUCGCAGUGGACAGAGGUUCUGGGCUCUGUUGGGGUCCCUACCCCGCUUGUGUCCUGCGACCGGCCCAGUAUGGCGGGUGAUGAGGUGCCUACAACUCCUGCUCCUCUGCUGACUCGGCUGGCCCAGCACAUGAAGUGGCCAUCUGUCUCGUCACUAGACUCUGCCCUGGAAAGCAGUCCAUCCCUGCACAGUCCAGCUGACCCCAGCCAUCUCUCCCCACCAUCCUCCUCCCCUAGGCCUUCUCGAGGUCACCGCCGCUCAGCCUCCUGUGGCUCCCCGCUGAGUGGGGGUGCAGAAGGGGCCUCCGGGGGGACUGGAUAUGGGGGAGGGGGAUCUGGGCCAGGGGCCUCUGAUUGCCGAAUCAUCCGAGUCCAGAUGGAGCUGGGGGAAGAUGGCAGUGUCUAUAAGAGCAUUUUGGUGACAAGCCAGGACAAGGCUCCAAGUGUCAUCAGUCGUGUCCUUAAGAAAAACAAUCGUGACUCUGCAGUGGUUUCAGAGUAUGAGCUGGUACAGCUGCUGCCAGGGGAGCGAGAGCUGACUAUCCCAGCCUCGGCUAAUGUAUUCUACGCCAUGGAUGGAGCUUCACACGAUUUCCUCCUGCGGCAGCGGCGAAGGUCCUCUGCUGCUACACCUGGCGUCACCAGUGGCCCGUCUGCCUCAGGAACUCCUCCGAGUGAGGGAGGAGGGGGCUCCUUUCCCAGGAUCAAGGCCACAGGGAGGAAGAUUGCACGGGCACUGUUCUGAGGAGGAAGCCCCUUUGGCUUACAGAAGUCAUGGUGUUCAUACCAGAUGUGGGUAGCCAUCCUGAAUGGUGGCAGUUGUAUCACAUUGAGACAGAAAUUCAGAAAGGUAGCCAGCCAUCCUGGGGCAGUGAAGUACCACUGGUUUACCAGACAGCUGAGAAAUCCAGCCCUGUAGGAACUGGUGUCUUGUAACCAAGUUGGAUACCUGUGUGUAGCUUCCUACCUGUGCAGCACACAGGUAGUGCUGGAAAAAACGCAUCAGUUUCUGAUUCUUGGCCACAUCCUAAUAUGCAAAGGGCUAAGCAAAGGCCUCAAGGCUCUGAGCCCCAGGGCAGAGGGAAAUGGCAAAAAGUAGGUCCUCGCAGGAGUUCUUCUUCCCACUCUGGGGGGUUUCUAUCACUGUGACAACACUAAGAUAAUAAACCAAAACACUACCUGAAUUCUA